UGCUCUGCUAUGCGCCUCUGCUUGAACACUCAAAAAGAUUCAGAGCUGAGAAACUCUUGACAACGGUAAUUAAUGGCGCCUAAAACCUUCUCUACAUUCCUCUCUCCUGUCCCUCUCCCACAUCAGCUCACACGCUUUAACCCUAAAUUCAUCAGAAUUUACGCAAAACCUAUUUCCAUCUUUUGCAAAUCCAAAGAAUCGCAAAAAACGCCAGUUUCAGAGACCCAAUUAUCCGUUUCCAUGCCCGAAACCGAUGGUACAGGGGCAGCUGCCCCGACUCCGGGAGAGAAAUUUCUUGACCGCCAAAAGGCAUACAAAGCUGCUAAACUAGUAAUGAAAGAGCCUAAGAAGAAGAAAGGGAAAGAGAAAGAGAAGGCUUUGAAGGUUAACAUGACGGUGGCUUGUUGUUACGGGUGUGGAGCUCCAUUGCAGACUUUGGACCAGGAAGCUCCGGGUUAUGUCCUUCCGGAAACUUAUGAAUUGAAGAAGAGACACCGCCAGCUUAGAACUGUUCUUUGUGGGAGAUGUAAGCUUUUAUCUCAUGGCCAUAUGAUAACUGCUGUCGGUGGGAAUGGAGGGUAUCCUGGAGGGAAGCAGUUUGUUUCAGCUGACGAGCUUCGGGAAAAACUGUCUCACUUGCGUCAUGAGAAAGCUCUGAUCGUCAAAUUAGUUGAUAUUGUGGACUUCAAUGGCAGUUUUUUGGCUCGUGUGCGUGAUCUUGCUGGUGCAAAUCCAAUAAUAUUAGUUAUAACUAAGAUUGAUCUCCUUCCAAAAGAGACUGAUCUUAAUUGUGUUGGUGAUUGGGUUGUAGAGGCCACUACAAAAAAGAAGCUUAAUGUUCUAAGCGUCCAUCUUACAAGCUCAAAGUCAUUAGUUGGAAUUGCUGGAGUUAUCUCAGAAAUUCAGAAGGAGAAAAAGGGCCGGGACGUGUAUAUUCUGGGUUCAGCUAAUGUUGGGAAAUCUGCAUUCAUCAAUGCUUCGCUGAAAAUGAUGGCACAACGGGAUCCAGCAGCUGCAGCUGCUCGGAAAUACAAACCAGUACAAUCUGCUGUUCCUGGAACUACCUUAGGUCCAAUUCAGAUUGAUGCCUUCCUUGGAGGAGGGAAAAUAUUUGAUACACCUGGAGUUCAUCUCCACCACAGGCAAGCUGCGGUUGUUCAUUCAGAAGAUUUGCCUAUCCUUGCUCCUCGGAGUCGUCUUAGGGGUCAAUCUUUCCCUAAUGCUAAGUUGGCCUCAGAAAAUGGGGUAGCAAACAAAUUUGAAUCGAAUGGCUUGAAUGGGUUUUCGAUAUUUUGGGGAGGUCUUGUGCGGAUUGACAUCUUGAAGGUUCUACCAGAAACAAGCUUAACAUUUUAUGGCCCCAAGGCUUUGCAGAUUCAUAUAGUACCCACUGACCAAGCAGAUGAAUUUUACCUGGAAGAACUUGGAGUUCUAUUGACGCCUCCAACUGGAAAAGAGAGAGCAGAAGAUUGGAAAGGACUUGAAAUUGUGCGUCAAUUGCAAAUAAAGUUUGAAGACGCAGAAAGACCUGCAAGUGACAUAGCUAUAUCUGGUCUUGGAUGGAUUGCUAUUGAACCUGCAAGCAAAUCACUCAGAAGGCCUGAUAUGAAUUUAGGAGAAAUUGCCAAAGAACUGCAUUUGGCUGUCCAUGUUCCGAAGCCAGUCGAGAUUUUUGUUCGGCCUCCACUGCCAGUGGGCAAAUAUGGAGCAGAGUGGUACCAGUAUCGAGAGUUAACAGAAAAGGAAGAGGAAUUGAGACCAAGAUGGAAUUUCUAAUUUUUUCAAAAUCUUUUAAGCAAUUCUGUACUUAGUUUGCCAAACUGUAAAAGGAUUAUGUAAUAAUGUAGAGGAUUUCUCAGUUUUUAACGAAUGACAAAGGAGAUACUGAGGUUGCUGAUGCCAAACGACCAGCGGAAAGCCGGUUUUAUCGUUCCAAAUGGCACGCUAUCGUUCUUGAACAACGUGAAAGGAGGCUGUCGUUUACGAACGAUCUAGACCAAACGAGAUGGCUAAUGUGUAGUGUAGUAUAGUGGCGACUUAACCAUUUGUCGUCGACAAUAGUAUAGUGGCGACUUAACAAUUUGUCGUGGUUGUCGACGACAGGUAGUUGGUUUUACCAAGAGUGAUAAAAUCAUUAGUGGGCUUCAUAUGCUAACAACAGCGGAUAACCAGAACAAGCCUGGCCCAUUUAUACUUUGUUUGGACAAGGGCAAAAGGACGAUAAGGAAAAAAUAAAUAAUGGAAUGUUAUUUUCUUUUCUUAAA